GCUUCUAUGAUAGUUACAUUCUCCUACUGGACUUCAAUUCCCUCUACCCGUCCAUUAUUCAGGAGUUCAAUCUGUGCUUCACUACAAUGGAUCGAUCUUUUUUAACCGCCACUUCCACUGAUGACGCCACACAAUCGACGGAAAGCCAAGAUCUCAUUUCGGCUCUGAUCGCCAGCGUCACGUCUGGAGGCAGCGGCGGCGAUGGCAGCGGUGCCAAUAGUGAUCAACAGAGCCGCCUGCCCACCAGUCGCGCCUCGGGUAUUUUGCCAAUGGAACUGCGCCGCCUCGUAGACAGCCGACGUGAGGUGAAGAAACUUAUCGCUGCGGCCGGAGAUUCUGAUCCCGUGCGCUGUGCCCAAUGGAAUAUUCGCCAGAUGGCUCUCAAAAUCACAGCAAACAGUGUCUACGGUUGUCUGGGGUUCGCCGCUUCUCGCUUCUGUGCCCGCGGUUUGGCUGCCCUUGUCACAGGUCUGGGCAGAGCUCUGCUCGUCAACACUCGCGACAUCGUCGAGAAUAUGGAUUAUGAGGUGGUCUACGGUGACACUGACUCUAUCAUGGUCAACACCAACUCCAAAGAUCUGCUCAAUGCCCUCGCUAUUGGUGAGAAGGUGAAACACGAGGUUAAUCGGCGCUUUCGU